AAAUUAUUAAAAUUAUUUCCUUCUAUUCUGUCUUUGUUUCCAUAAAUACAAGAAAUGGCUUUUUCGGCAUUUGUUUUCUGUAAUUCCUUUGUUGCAUCACUAAAUAUUCCACAAAACAAUAAUUUCAAUCCCAUGAAUAAUCCCAUAAUUAACAACCCUUUACUUAACAAACAAAUCAUUUCUCUUCCUCACCAUUCUUUGCUAUCAACUCCCUUAAAACCCUUGCAUUCUAAAAUCCAACCUUCCAUAUUAACAAACGGUAUCGAGUAUGGUAAAGGUGCAAUUAAAGGGAGGAUUUUAAAGGAUGUUUUGAGAGAAAUAGGAGAUCCUUGGGAAUGUUUGAAUCUAAUUGAUGCAACUCAACGUCUCGGAAUUGAUUACCAUUUUCAAGAGGAGAUUGAAGCAGUUCUACAAAGGCAAUAUGUGUUAUUUAAUGCAGUUCAGUUUAAUCCAGAGACUGAUCUUCACAAGGCUGCCCUCCUUUUUCGACUUUUCAGACAACAGGGUUACCUUGUUUCUGCAGAUGUCUUCAAAAGCUUCAUGGACAAGAAGGGGAAGUUCAAGGAAGAUCUAAGAGAAGAUAUAAAGGGAUUAUCAAGUUUAUAUGAAGCUUCACAUUUAUGCAUCCAUGGAGAUGAGAUUAUUCUUGAAGAAGCUGAAAUUUUCAGUAGGCGUUUGCUAAAUGCAAGGGGUGAAGCUGAAUUGGCCAAUUUUGUGCGUAAUACUUUAUCUUAUCCUCAUCAUAAAAGUGUGGUGCAAUUGACGACACUUAACUAUUUUGAAGAUCAUAUGCAAUGCCCAAACAAAUGGAUUCAUAUCUUUCAAGAUGCUGCCAAAAUGGAACUUUAUUGUUCUCAACGUUUACGCCAAAAUGAAGUUGCUCAGUUUAUGGAAUGGUGGAAAGAUACAGAAUUGGGAAAAGAGCUGAAUUUUGCUAGAGAUCAACCCAUUAAAUGGUAUAUGGCUUCAUUAGUUUGCCUCACAGAUUCUUUCUACUCUGAACAAAGGAUCCAACUUGCAAAAUCCAUCACUUUCAUAUAUCUCAUCGAUGAUCUUUUUGAUGUAUUUGGAACUCUUGAUGAACUCACCUUAUUCACUGAAGCUGUUUAUAGAUGGGACUUGGCUGCUGCUGAAGGAUUACCUGACUGUAUGAAAAUUUGUUUAAGAUCCCUAUUUGAAGUUACUGAUGAAAUAAGUUACCAAAUCUAUCAAAAGCAUAGUUGGAAUCCCAUUCACUUCUUACAUAAAGCGUGGGCUAAAUUAUGCAAGGCAUUUUUGGUUGAAGCAGAAUGGUUGAGUUGUGGGCAUUCACCAAGUGCAGAAGAAUAUCUGAAAAAUGGAAUCGUUAGCACUGGCAUCCCACUUACAUUAUUACAUGCUUUCCUUUUGUUAGGCCAACAAAUUACCGACGACACUGUCCAAAUUGUUGAUGACGAUUUAGAUAUCGUUUCAUCUACUGCUACAGUUUUGAGGCUUUGGGAUGACUUCGGAACUGCCGAGGACGAGACGCAAGAGGGGCGAGAUGGGUCAUAUCUAGAAUAUUACAUGAAGGAAAAUCCAAGUAUCUCUUAUGAAGAAACGCAACAACAUACAAUGAAGAAAAUAUCUAAUGCAUGGAAGACUCUCAAUAGAGAAUCACUAUUAUCCAACCAAUUUCCAUCCAAGUUCAAUCAAGCUUGCCUCAAUGUUGCAAGAGCAGUUCCUUUGGCAUACAACUAUGACAGAAAUAAAUCCAUUGUGAGCAUGGAGAACCUUGUGAAAAAAUUGCUUUUCAGUGGCAUGGAGAUGUAAAUAAAACUGUUAAAGUUAUUGUUUUUAGUACUAAGUUAAGCUAUGUUCAUUUUAGCAACUUAGGCAUAGGUUAAAAACAUAAAUAUAGUCUGAUCGUACAAUAUGUUUGUAACCAAAAAUAAAACCACAAACUUAUUCUUCGGUUAAA